AUGGAGAGUGUGAACAGUGAUGUGAUGAUGACUCUAGUAUAUCAAGGUGGCCAAGGUGGCGAGGAUGCGGCAGACCAUGCCAUCGUGUUGGACGAUGUGAAAGAGCAUGAAACGGAUGCCUACAGGCUGAAGCUUUCCAAAUGGAGCCAGAGCGCAAUGAACACUAUAACUUCUCCGAUUUUCUGGUGCUUGCUCUAUUUGUGUCGUGCGCUGCGGAGUCCUUUGCGGCAUUUCAUGUUGUUCGUCCAGAAGGGCGCAAAGCUUGGCGAUUGCAUGUUCCGGCUUGUCACCAUGAAGCUAGACGAGUUCACUGCAGAGUUCAGUGCAUUGUUUCAGAAGCUACCAGAAAUUGUUGACAAGGCGCUGCAGUUAUCAGGCUGUUUCCACGAAACAAAGGGACUUUCACACGCAGACAUUGUCCGCAUGAGGUAUCUUGCGUUGAGAUUGUUGCUGUUGCACUGGGCAGCGUUUCGUCGUCGCAUCAUCAGACCUUUGCGGCAAUACCCCAUGAAGCUUUUCUGGUUGAUCAAGAGCCAUCCCAAAAGGUUUUGCAAACGCAGGCAGCAGGUGGCUGAGGAGUUGAUUGGGCUCGAUGCACAUCAGCUUGAUUCAGCUACACGCAAGAUCCGAGAGCUUUGUUGUCGUGAGUUGCAGCAUUUGCGGAUCACUGGCGUGUUUCCCGACGUGAGUUCGCCAUCUGGAAGCUUUCUGUACGCAUUCUUGAAGGGUCUUGCACGCAUGCUACCUGCUGACACACAAGCAAUCGAGGGCAUAAACAGCUUGAUCAAGUUGAUGGGUCGGCGUGCGCCGAACAUCAGUCUGGAAUUGAUGUCGUCUAGGCUUGCCAUCCGGCGUGCUUUGAGUGAAGAUCACAGUAUGGCAAGGAAGAAAAAAUGGUCGGCUAUCAAGAACACGGCGGAAGGGCUAAUGAAAUCAAUUGUUGGCUUCAAGACGGCGUCGCUCGCCAUUCUAUCGAAUGAUGGCAGAUGGUCUAAGCCUCUGCCUGCAAACUGCGGUAAUGGCGUGUUACCGGCAGUGCUUGCAAUCACGGACCGCGAAGCAGUGCUUUCUGUGAGGGGGCCAGAAGAUCAAACAGGGUCAUCAGCAGCUUCAUCAGCAGAAGCUGGACGGGGCCAGCCGGGAAACUCAUUGCUUGUAGCAGACCUUGCCAAAGCAAAAUCAAGCAGUGGCAUCUCAUGGGCGAAGUCAUACAACCUGGCGUGGCGUCGAGCAACUACAUCAUCCACAAAGAAGAACAAACAACAGGAUGCUGGUCACAGAGUGGGUUCAGGUUUGCUGAUUGCAGUCGUCGAGACCGACGGCGAGGGCAACGAUGGGCUAGUGCAGCAGCAGCAGCCACCAUUGUUCUUCGCAGUGGCAGAGAAGUUUUCGGUAAGCGUGAUGUUCUCGAAGAUUCACUGUGUGCAGAUCAAUGGUCAUCCGUGUCUUCAGUGGGUUUAUGAAGAGAACAAUUGCGUUGAAUCCACUUUGUUCUUCUUGAGUUUCUACGGUGCCUGCUCUGGUCGAGGCUUGCGCUUGCGAGUGGGUUACGUAGUGUUGUCGCCAGACAUGUCUCACCUCCUGCUGCCUGGCUGGAGAACAGAUGCAGAGGGUGAGGGUGAGAUAAGAGUGGCUUCGGUCCUACAAUUGGUGAACCAGGUGUUUGUCAUGACUGCUGAGUCUCACCCGUCUGCGGCCAAGUCGGGGAAACCACAAUCUGGAAGGAAGGCCAGAGCAAAGGCAGCAAAGCGCAAACCACAAGCAAAGCAAGCAGGUCGCAAGAGGAAGGAUGCGCCUGAAGCGGAUGCAAACGAAACCGACGUGGAUCCACCGAAUGUUGCGGAUUACAUUGAUGAUAAUGAUAACUUCCUCGACGAUGUCGAGGUAGCCACUGAUGCUGAGGACUCGGAUGAUGACAACACAGCACAACACGAGAUGCAGGAAAUCAAUGAAGCCAGCGCGGCUGCUGCCACGGAUCCAGCUCGCCUGCCAUCGUCGAAGAAUGUGUUUGCAGUGGCUGAGGAUAUACAUCGCAAUGCCGAGCUGAUUCCAGACGCGGCUGUCGAAGAAGAAGCGUUGUUGCUUCUGGUUCGUAGGGCUCGCUCUCAGAAAGCCAAAAACAUGGGCGUUGGUUGCAGAUCUACAGGACACGUACUUCCGGGCGAAGACAGCACUCAGCCUCAGCCUCACAUGGGCUCACAGCUUCCAGAAGAGUCCGGUGAAGUCAUGGGUGAAGCAAGCUUGGCGAGUCAGCGUGAGCCAGUCGACACAGAAGGUGUUUUGGGGGAUGCACGCAGCGGUGCUGAUGCCUCUGCGUCGGAUAAUGAGUCUGACAUUGAGGCAGAGCUCCCACAUGACAUCGCUGCUUUGCUCAGAUCGGAGGCAAUGGUAGAUCUUCAGCGUGACGGGCGUGUCCUGAAACGAUGGGUGAUGGCAUGUCAUCUGAUGCUUGAGGCAAUGCAUGAGUAUGCGAAGACCAAGGACGUGCUGUUGGGGACAGAUCGCAGCAUCAGUUUGGUGUUGCUCAAAAGCAUGGGGGUUGCUGCAGCGGGUUGCAAGUGUGUUCGCUGCAAAUACACAGAUGAUUCUCAAGAUCUCAUAUGGGUCCAUUGGCUGAACAACGGGAGGCAUGGCUUGAUUGGUCGACAAGGACGUGAAGUGAGAUUAGAUGACGACGGUAAAGUUUUGUUCUCUGUGGCAGAUUGCACGAUGUAUCGCACUGGCAUAAGCAACGGCAUCGGCUAUCCGGAGCUUUGUCUGGACGAUCGCCAUGCUCAUGUUCUGCUACCGUCUGUUCGAGCAGCAAUGCGUAAAGUCAAGCGAACCGACCCCGAUCGAGAUGCAGUGUCACCGCACUUCCUGCGGCUCCGAGACUUUUGCGAGUACAUGCUGACUUCAGUUUCACAAAGCACGUACAAGAAAGCACAUGAGGUACUGUUCGGGCAAUCCAUGGAGAUUGCGGAACGCUUCAACUCCGAACAGGGCAUAUGUUUGCUCAGUAAGAUCUUCGAGGUCUACCAGGACGGGCCACGCCGCACCAUCAAGUGGUACAAAGAAGACGGCAAAACUUAUCUGCGCGACCUGCACAAUUGCUUCCACGGCGGCUUGGCUCCCACGUGGCUGGAAUCCAUACUCGGAUCAAAAGAUGUGGAGGAGGCGGCAUGGAAGCGGCACGCAAGUCGACAGGGCAUCACGACGGCCAGUGGGUCGUCGUACCAGAAGACUUACUCUGAUUGGGUGACUGAGAAUUUCUCACAGAGAUUCAAAACCUUUCAGAUCUUUGACCUUGCCAAGAGGGUUAUGCAUUACCUGAACGAUCUGGACUGCGUGAACAGAUUCAGUGAAGCUCUGGGAGACCAUUGUGACUUUCAGCAUGAGAACUUGUCGACGCUCGCAACAAUGCAGAACUUGCACGUGUUUGGCAAGCUGGUUGUAUCUUUGUCGGCCACCUACAGCCUUGAGCUCCUUUCGGAGGUUUUCAUUGUGGGGAGUCGAUACUUGGCAGUGAGCUCAGCUGUGCCCAUCAUACGGGACCGACCGAGUGGCUCGGGCGGAGACUAUGACAUGCCAAUGCCUGAAUGGACAUUUACCAAACACAUGCCUGCCAUCAUCGAUCGUCUCAAGACAGAGGUGGGCGGUGCGUCCUUUGUGACCAAGAUAUUCAAGCCUGCUGUCAGUGCCCGUGCUCAAGCAAGUUCGGAUGGAGCCACGCUCGACGUGAAUGAAUUGCUCGCGCCCAAGAAGCGGAAGCGAGCCACCUCAAAGCCAAAAGCAAAAGGCAAAGCGGCAAGGAAUCGUGCCACUGAUGACGACCGCGAGGAUGCGGAUCAAGUGUUGGCAGAUGUGGAGGAGGGCUGCGGAUGUAGCAGGAAACGAUGGUGGAUUGACGACUUGCUGUCUGCGCUGAUCCAUGCAGCAGGCUCUCGUGUGACAUGUGUGAGACGUCUCACCAACUGA